AUGAGUCUGGGAAAACUGCCAGGAAUUAAAGGCCUAGUGUCGGGCUCUCAGGGGAAGAGGCGCUUUAAGAGCGAACUCUCCGUGGACAUGAUCAGCCCACCGCUCCCAGACUUUCGCCACACCAUGCACGUGGGCCGCGGUGGCGAUGUGUUUGGAGACACCUCCUUCCUUAGCAACCAUGGGGGCAAAGGGGAAUCAGUGAGCCCCGAUUCACCCACCAGCAGCACAAAGACCACCAGCUUCUUCUCCCGCACCUUGAGGCAUGUACGCCGGUCCCCUGUGCCCCGUGCCAGGAUCGGUUCCCGUGAUCUUUCACCCCCACCGCCUCCUGUCUCACCCAUCAUCAAGAACGCCAUCUCACUGCCCCAGCUGAACAUUGACAUGCCCAACGGCUACCAGAGGGUGCUGUUCCCCAGCUCAGAGAGCUCCCCAGAUACCUCCCUCUACAGCUACGGUCUGCAGUCUGGUUUCGUCACACUACCCCGCCACUCCCGCCUUGAUAAACAGCUGCAGGACGGCACCGGACUGUUCGCUCAGAACUUUAGCUGUGGCUCGCUCCCAGACAACGACAGCUUCGCGCUAACUCGCUCCGACUCCUUCACUUCAUUCACAGUGGACCUUGGUCCCUCCCUCAUGAGUGAGGUUCUGGGAAUGAUUGACAGCCCCGGUUGCCUCACUAUGCCCAAUCACAACUGGGAGUUGGGGGAAGAGGAGGAAGAGGAGGAGCAGAGCUCUGUGUUUGAGCUGGCUGUGCAAAGCCCCAUGCUAAGCUCAUCAAACCCUUCCAUGUCAAGCACUCCGCUCAAAGUGAAUGUGAACAACAGUGGGCGCUCUUGCAGCUCAGAGUGGGCAGAGGGAGAGGAGGAGGAUGAGAGGGCUCUUAAGACGCCAGAUGCAUCUAUGGGGUCUCCUACACAGGUAGAACCAGUUAUGGAAGCUGAGAGGUUCCAGAGAGCAGCUGACAUGCUGGCGCGUCACUACGGGGGAGGUUCCUUCUCCAGGAGUCAUCGCAGCGAUUCUGCCUCCUCCUCCUCCUCACCCCUCAGCCAGCCUAAAGCCCCUUACGCCUUCCCUGAGGAAGAGGAGAUCAAAGUCUGAAACAUUUACCAAAUGUCUACCAUUGUGAGGAGAAGAACCCAUUUGAUCGUUAGACUACUUACUAGGUGACCUUGGUUCUGAAUCCUUGCACUCAAGACCUUCAGAGGGAUCCAUGUUUUUCUAUAAACCUUUUACAUGAAUAAUUUGAAUUGGAAAGCUCCUCCUCAUAAUGAUAAGAGCUCUCUUGUCUACCAUCUAACAACUGGAUCAAUACUGUCUCUUGUUCAGUUCUAGAGAAGCUUGUGUAGAGUUUCUCAGACAUGAUCUGACAGCAACAUUGGACAGGGUACAUAUAAAAAACAACCUUUAAAACAUGACAGUUUUCAUUAUAUCUUCAUAAGAAAUAUACCUUAUACUAAGCAGAUUCCAUUAAACUGUCAUUAAAUUCUGUGAUGGAACAAUCUCUUGAUAUUGCGCAACUCUGUGCUAUAGCAGCUGCAGUACAACAGUCACACAAGAUCCCGUACAACAACCAGAAGGAAGGGCACAGGUGUCAUGAGCCAAGGCUGUGUCUGUCAAAAGCACUCGUAGUGGUCAUUCACAGAAGUAAGGAACAUAAUACGUUUUAUUUUUAGAAGACAAAGGUAGGAUUUCCAGCCUAAUGACACACUCCUGUGAAAAGGAUUGAAAAGGGAAAUAAAACAUGACUAUCUGCAAAACUAUUUGUCACAGUAUGUGGAUACUAAAGGGACAAUACAUUUUGUUUUGUUUGAUUGUGUUUCUAUCCACCUGACCUAAAUUGACAUAUCUUCAGUGAGUUCAGUGGUCACAGUUUUUUACUUUCAUUUAGACCUAACACAAAGCCAGUUUCAUCAUUUAUCAUUUCCUGAGAAAAGUUUGAAAGGAAUAAAGCUUUUCUCACUAAUAUCUGGAAUAAUAUCUGAGAUUGUACUGCAUGCUAAGGUGGAAAUGAAGGGCGUGCCCUGUAAAAUGUAUCAAACUAAUUUGGGUUACACAGCCCUAUAAUCGUUUAAACCUAUAGCUGCCUUACAGUGAUAGUUAUUGUCAAGUACUUUUUCCAAGUAUGUUUGUUCUCAGUGUUAUGUUCAUACAUGGGAGUAUACAUUUUUUUUAAUAACAAGGAAACGAAUGCAUUGUCAUACAUGAAGGUAAUCAAAUUAAGUUGAAUAUUAGCUAUGUUCAUAAGACUACAGGCACUAUACUUAAAAUGACCAGUACAGACUUGUAUGUGAUGUCACAUAUGAAUACAGUAUGUAUACGGAAUAAAAUAUGACGGUAUAAUUUGAUCCAUUUACCAGUAGCUGUCAUAGCAGUCAUAUUCUUAAUAAAUACCGUUUUUUAAUAA